CAAGCGAUAAACUUUAAAUGUCUUACCGAAGUCAUAUGACUUGGUACAUUGAAAUAUAUGUAGUACGUCAAGAAGGCAUGCGCAAUAUGCAAGACAGAAGCCCAAUGACUUUCGACGAUUCUUUCAUAUGAUCGCCAGUUAACAAUGAAUGUUUUAUAUCUUCUCCAAUUUCUUGAUUUCGCGCAUUCCAUUGCUUCAUAUACACCUCAGUUUUGCCAAGAAGCUGUAAAUACCAUAAAACAAGUUCCCUCUUGUCCUAUUACACAGCAAGAUAGAGAAAAUGCUGCAAAGGAGAAGGAUUGUGAAAAGUAUUCUCAUCAUCAGAAUUGUUCCAAAGCCACUGACUUUAUGUAUCAUUGUGUAAUAAACGAGAACGAAAAUAAAUUGUUAGAAGUUUGCGCUCCUACACGGUAUAUUCUCGGUUUCUGUACGGAAUUCAAUGUUAUAGGAGGGAGGAUACAGGAUCAUUAUUCUGCUGAAUGUAGCACAUUUAACCCACCUUGUCCGGGACGAUAUAUUUCAACGGAUGCAUACCUUUAUAAAUCAUGUUAUGGCUUGGUUGAAACAUCAGAGGAAUCAUAUGUAGCAAACAUGACGUCAACAACCAUUGGCAGCAAUAACGUAACAAGUAUACACGGAGACAGUACCGAUUCUAUUUUAAUUUGGCUGUUGCCUGUUGUAGUAGCUUCCUUGGUAUUGGCUUUAGCUUUAGUCUUAUGGAUUUGUUGGAAGAAACGACAGUCAAAGAGACAGAGAAUGUAUAUGAAAGACACAAGGAAUGUUCUUCCUGUAGAGAUAUUCUUUUGA